UCGCCCGUGUCUACGAAAAUGUGACUGCGUAUGAUACAAUGGUUAUAGUGAUACUUAAAGGUAAAAUAUUUGUUUAUCGGAUAUGCAUAGCGUUAUGUUUAUAAUCAUGCAGUGAUUGCCGCACCUUUGAUUAUAGACGCCAUGUCGGUGUGGAAACAGGCGGUGUAUUGUCAGACGGCAACACUUUGUCACAUGAUAAGUUAUAUCACGCAUAUACAAAUAGAUAAAAAAACUGCAGCAAGAUAACAAUCGACAUUUUGCUGUAGAAAUAAAAUAAGAUGUAGAUUAACAAACACACAUUUACAGGUUGUGGUAUAGAUUUCAUUAUUCGUUGACAUGGAUUUAUAUUUUAUUUACAUGAUGUUUGCAGGAAUUAUAUAUUUUUUUACAUAUUUUUCUAUGCUUUUUCUGCAUUGAUGACAGUGCUGACAUCUGGAAACAGCUGUUAGUUAACACCCCUAACGCCCCCAAUCAUUUACGACCAUCAUGGCCGCUCCCAGGCUGAUGAAGCCCUCGAAAAUGACAUUUGUUAGAUGAAAGGCAUUAAAGUGUAUCUAUAUAUUACUAAUCAUUCGGACAAAAAUUAGCAGCAAGGACAGUUAAAGUUCGUACCUUUCUCUCAUGUCUGUCACUUCAUAAAAUGACGGUCAUGUAAUUUUGUAACUCGUGUGCGAAUGUUCUCCUACGUUAUUUGUCUUGUGCAAGUAGUACCCAGCGUUUUAUCAAAACUAUUCGAACCGGUACGAUUGUGUCUAUGAGAAAUGAAACAAUGAUGCCGAUAAAGGACAAUCAAGAUGUGGCAUGCUUUUUGGUUACCAAACAUUCUACUUGGAAGGGAAAAUACAAACGUAUUUUCUCCAUUGGUUCUAUGGGAAUAACAACAUACAAUCCUGGCACAUUAGAAGUCACAAACAGAUGGGAAUAUUCUGACUUUAUAAAUGUACAGCCAACAAAUAGAAGUCAAUUAGGUUCCCAUGAAUUUACCAUAACUGUGCGUAAAGAUCGGAAAAAUGAUACUAUGAAAUUUAGUUCUGAACAUAGACCACAUUUAUUGACAGAAGCGCUCAAAUAUAGAAAUCAAUUCAAUGAAAAAUGUAAAGAAAUCUUGAGAUAUCAAGCUUAUAAACAUCAUUGGUCUGAUACAAGAUUACCUGUUGUAUUAGAAAUUACAUCAUACAGUCUUGAUCAAUUGGAUCCUGCAACAAAUAUGGUCUUAGCUAGUUAUUGUUACAAAGAUUUCGAAGGGCUUCUGACAAUGAAAGAUUACCCCAACGGGUUUGUAAUUGUUUGUGGAGGAUUUGGUCGCCUACAUCUUUUCGCUUCCACACAUAUGGAAGAGAUAAAAAAAAAGCUACAAGAAGCUGCUUUAAAUAAUUUAGGCAUUAAUAUAAAAAUGUUGAAGGAGCCUAUAAAACUUGAUGACUUUAUUGCUCAAAGAUUAGGGAAAUUUAGCGGUGACGAGCAUAUAACGAGUGUUUCCGAAUUCACUGUACACAAAAUCUCAUCUAGGCAUUUGGAUCCUCCAAGAAGAACACUUUGUCUUUCGGACACCUGCCUGUUGGAAAGAGAUCCUCAGACAUAUAAUAUUUGUACUCUUAGGCCACUAUCAGACAUUUUUACUUUGAUCCGUGAUAACGAUAAUCCUCAGCUAUUUACCAUACAAUAUCUUAAUGGUCAAAUGCGCAGCUACACUACGACGAAUAGAGAUUCCUUGUUAGCAUCUCUACUGGAUGGUGUGAGAGCUUCUGGUAAUAGAGACGUCCAUGUGAAGAUGUAUCCCAUAGCCAGAGGUAAAAGACUUGGACCUUUUAAUCUACCUGUUGAAGAAGAAGUCGAAACAACGCACGUUAAAUUUCUUCAACAACCGCCUGGGGGACGUACAUUUGCUGAAAUUUUGGAGAGAUUUAAUGCGAAUAUACCAUACAGUGGUCUUAAUUAUUCCAUUACUCAAGAUGAAGUUGUACCGCUUGAAUGGACUGUAACAACGUUACAACUCCAAGUACACCGUAUCACGAAUGAUUACUUGCAGGGAAUCUUUACUGAAAACAAAGACAAGAUUAUCGUUGGAGCUUUGAAUACUUUAAUCAGCAAAGAUUUGGAGACAAAUAGCGAGAUUGAGGCGCAAUUUCAUGCGUUACGAAGAUUAGUAGCUAGCAAAAUCGGUUUUGCCGCAUUUACAACAGUUUCUGGUUUUAGAGAAGCUGUUGGAAUGAAAGUCGUAAAAGCUUUAAAGCGACAAAAUAGUGGUGUAACGCAAGCUGCCAUAGAUUGCAUCUGCGCUCUGAUGCAGCCAAUGCACGACGAUUGCGAUCUAAGACAAGAACAGCUGAACAAGAGUAGUUUGCUCAGCAGUAAUAAAUUUUUAGAAAGUUUACUUGAAAUGUGGAUUAAUCAUAUCAAUCAUGACACAGGUGCUCUGGUAGUCUCAGCAAUGCUCGAUCUUUUAACAUUUGCCCUGUGCGUGCCAUAUAGUGAAACAACUGAUGGUAAACAUUUCGACAAUCUUUUAGAAAUGGUUGCUGCAAGAGGUAGAUCUCUAUUUAAAUUGUUCCAACAUCCCUCAUUGGCUGUGGUCAAAGGUGCUGGGUUAAUAAUGCGGGCGAUCAUCGAAGAAGGCGCAGCAGAAGUAGCAGCAAAGAUGCAAGAAUUGGCACUUGCAGAAGGAGCUCUACCGAGACAUUUAUUAAAUAGUCUAUUUACUGUUGGAAGUGAUAGUAGACUAUUAACGCAUCGACAAUUAUGUCGACAUCUAGUAGGUUUAUGGGUUACAGGGCAUCCCACAGCUAUGGGAUUAUUAAAACGAAUUAUGCCGGUUGGUUUAUUGAAUUAUUUGGAUUCCGAUGAGAAAGUACCAGACUCAUUUUUGGAAGAGGAGAGACUAAACAAUCGUGACAAUUUAAAAAUAGCUAUAGAUCAUGCGUCGAGAAAUAAAAAAAGCCCACAAUGGAUUACUAUCGAGCGUCAGAUGCGAGUAGUCGAGAAGCAUGUGGAGAACGCGCUGCAGCAUUGGGGUGCUCGUAUUGGAAUUGAACGGAGAGAAAAGAUUAAAGAGCGUCCGAUAGUUCUGAGAAAGCGUAGAGAACGAAUUAAAUCUGAAGCGAAUUGGAAAUUAUUUUAUUAUAAAUUUAAUCAAGAUCACGCACUGCCAAAUUUGAUUUGGAAUCACAAAACGAGAGAGGAGUUGAGAAUAGCAUUAGAAAAUGAGAUACGUGCAUUUAGUUCGGAUAAAGAUUUAGCUGGCGGAACUCUGAUUGCGUGGAAUCAUAGAGAAUUCGAGGUGCAAUAUCAAUGUCUUUCGGAUGAAGUUAAAAUUGGAGAUUAUUACUUGAGGCUUUUAUUGGAAAAAGAUAGUCCCGACAGUCCGAUAAGAAAAUCAUACGAAUUUUUUAAUGAUUUAUAUCAUAGAUUUUUAUUGACUGCAAAAAUCGAAAUGAAGUGCCUUUGCUUGCAAGCAAUGACGAUAGUAUAUGGUCGAUAUUAUGAGGACAUUGGUCCGUUCUCAGAUACAAAAUAUAUACUGGGAAUGCUGGAGCGUUGCAUAGAUAGAACGGAACGCGAUAGGCUAGUUAUGUUCGUAAAUAAGCUCAUAUUACAUAGGCGAAAUGUGAAAGACAUAAUGGAUCAAAACGGAGUGCGGACUUUAGUCGAUUUAUUGACAUUGGCGCAUUUACAUACUUCCCGAGCUGUCGUACCAACGCAAACUAAUGUAAUAGAGGCGGGCCCGCAGCAGGAACGAAUGGAAAAGGAAUGGUAUUAUAAUAACGGCGAUCAACGUGAAGGACCGAUAAGUUUGAAAGAUCUAAAAGAAUUGUAUAUUUCGAAUCACGUGAGUCACAAAACCAAAGUUUGGGCACAGGGAUUAGAUGGAUGGAAAACGAUUUCACAAGUGCCACAAUUAAAGUGGAGUCUUGUCGCCAAAGGAGCUCCCGUAAUAAAUGAAAGCGAACUGGCUACUUUAAUCCUGAAUAUUUUAAUUAAGAUGUGUGAAUAUUUUCCAAGUAGAGACGCCGACGACGCGGUAAUCAGACCCUUGCCGCGUGUGAAACGAUUGCUAUCCGACCUUCAAUAUCUGCCACAUAUUGUACAGCUUUUGCUAACAUUUGAUCCGAUUCUGGUUGAAAGAGUCGCUACAUUGCUAUGUGAAAUAAUGCGAGAUAAUGCAGAUGUGUCAAAAAUUUAUCUUACCGGUGUGUUUUACUUUAUUUUAAUGUACACUGGUUCCAAUGUCUUACCAAUCGCAAGGUUUUUGCAACUUACGCACACUAAACAAGCUUUUAGGAACGAUGAUAAUACUUCCUCAGAUAUCAUGCAACGAAGUAUUCUCGGUCAACUAUUGCCCGAUGCAAUGGUGAGUUAUCUAGAAAAUCACGGGGCAGAGAAAUUUGCGCAAAUAUUCCUUGGAGAUUAUGAUACGCCGGAAGCGAUUUGGAACGCAGAGAUGCGACGGAUGCUUAUCGAGAAAAUCGCUGCGCAUAUUGCAGAUUUUACCCCUAAGUUACGAAGUCAUACUAUGGCCAGGUAUCAAUAUAUCGCCAUACCUGCUGUGAGAUACCCACAAUUAGAAAAUGAAUUAUUCUGCCAAAUAUUCUAUCUCAGACAUCUAUGCGAUACCGUUAAAUUUCCACAGUGGCCUAUUUCAGAACCUGUCCAAUUAAUGAAAGAUGUAUUAGACGCGUGGAAGAAAGAAGUGGAGAAGAAACCACCUUUAAUGACUGUAGACGAAGCUUACAAACAGCUCGGUUUACCCACUGGAAAACAGCAUGACGGAGCGAUCGUUAGGAAAUCGUUUUAUAAAUUAGCUCAAAUGUAUCAUCCUGAUAAGAAUCCUGAUGGCAGAGACAAGUUCGAGGCUGUUAGUCAGGCAUACGAAUUUCUAUGCAGCCGCAGUUGUUGGUCAACUACUGGUCCUAAUCCCGACAACAUCGUUUUGAUUUUAAGGACUCAGAGCAUUCUUUUUCAUAGAUAUACAGAGGGACUUGAACCUUACAAAUACGCUGGUUAUCCCCAGCUGAUCAAGACGAUUAAGCUAGAAACGGAUGACGAACGAUUAUUUUCCAAAUCUGCUCCUUUAUUAGCAGCCGCAAGCGAACUCGCGUAUCACACGGUGCACUGCUCGGCGUUAAAUGCCGAAGAAUUGCGACGGGAGGGCGGUUUGGAUGUAUUGCUGGAGGCGUAUACACGAUGUGUAUCUGUGUUGAGUAAAUCGAGCAAACCCACGGACGUAGCAGUGCAAGUUUGUAUGCAUAUCACUAGAUGUUUUGCUGUCGCCGGAUCAUUCCGAGGAUGCAGAGAUAAGAUUAUUGAAUUGCCGCAACUUGUGAAAGACCUUUGCAGGAUACUCCAUUUCAAGCAUUUAACAAAAUUAUGUGCAGUUGCCACAGAAUGUAUUUCGUCUCUUGCUACAGAUAGCAUAUUACAGAUGCAAUUAUUAAAAUCUGGUGCUUUGUGGGAUCUGUUGCACUUUAUGUUCAACUAUGAUUAUACAUUGGAAGAAGGCGGUGUGGAAAGAAAUCAGGAUGAGAAUCGUCAGGAAGUGGCCAAUAAUUUAGCUAAAUUGGCAGUUCGCGCUUGUGCUAGAUUAGGCGGUUACACGAAGGGGGAUAACGAGACACCUGUUAAUCCCGUUACAGUUGCCGCCUUAGAAAGUUUGUUAACGCCUUAUCUAGCACGUCAGCUUGUUAAAGAUAAGCCUGAAGAGAUUUUAAAAAUAUUAAAUUCUAAUUGUUCAAAUCCAUAUUUAAUCUGGGAUAAUGGAACUAGAGCGGAACUAAAUGAAUAUUUAGAAAUGAAACGGCAAGACAGAUUAAAUAAUAGCGAUAAUUUCGAACAUGAUUUUAGCGAUUUUAAAUACACCGCUCAUGCUGACGAAUUAGUAAUCGGUGAAAUUUUUGUGAAAGUAUACAAUGAACAACCAGUGUAUCCGAUUGAGAAUCCAAAAAGUUUUACGAUAAAUUUACUUGAAUUUUUAUCGUCGUCUUCGGAGUAUUUAACAUCUCUGGGAAGUAUUGCUUUGGGUAAAAAGGAUCAAGAAAAAUUGGAGCACAUCGUCAUGGCGCUUAAAGCUCUAACAAAUGUUAUUAAAAAUAAUCCUGGAAUUGAGUUACAGUGUAUGGGGCACUUUAAAUUGCUGUUUGGACUUCUGAGUUGUAAUACUUUCAAAUUAAUUCAGAAGAGCGCUCUAGAAGUAAUCAGUAAUGUUACCAAAAAUCAGGAGUGCGUUGAUGAUAUAGCCGCGAAUGAAGUUGUCGUGCAUAUGUUGUUGUGUUUGCACAAUCUAAAAGAGUGUCAGCUUCUUGCAUUAGAAACUUUGUAUGCACUGAUGAGUUCGACAAAAAUUGUGAAAGAUGCAUUAACAAAAGGAGCUGUUGUGUACAUUCUUGAUCUUUUCUGUAAUUCAAGUAAUAUUCAAAUAAGGGAAGCAGCAGCUGAAUUACUUGCAAAAAUGUCGUCCGACAAACUGGCUGGACCAAAAGUCAAACUUGAUUUAUCGAAAUUUUUACCUAGAUUAUUCAGUGAAGCUAUUCGCGACGCACCCAAACAAUGUGUACAUAUGUUUGAAACAAAGCAUGAAAAUCCUGAAUUGAUUUGGGAUGAUGAUGCAAAAGCAAGAGUAGCAAGAAUUAUAGCUGAGUUGAAAGACGAAUAUCACGCAUUACAGAGACGCAAUCCUAAUGCCAUAUUAAAGUUACCUGAUACACAAACUAAUAUCGACAUUGCGACUAACGAACCUGUCGUAGGUGGAGUAUAUCUUAGAUUAUUUAUAGCCAGUCCUGCUUGGGCACUCAGGAAACCGAAAGAAUUCUUAAGUGAGCUGAUGGACACUGUAUUAACACUAAUGUCCAAGGAAAAAACUGACACGGAUAUGUUGGAAUUAACGACACAAGCUCUCGUGUGCUUGCUCCAAACACAACCUACUCUGUCGGACCAAGUACCGUCUUUGGGUCACAUACCACGCCUUUGUCGGCAAAUGGCUGUCCAGAAUGGUCAGCCAUCUGUAUACAAGACGGCUAUAUUAAUUCUGCAUCAACUGGCAACGAGCGAAAUUUGUAUCUCAUCUAUAUGUCAAACAGAAUGCAUAAGUCCUUUAAAGCAUGCAAUGCAGUCAAGAAGAGAUAUGAUUGCAAUAGCAUGUGAGACAUUGAAUAGAUUAUUUUCGACAAAUGAGGAUAGACUUGUCAAGCAGGCAUUGGAUGCCGAAAUGGUACCAUAUCUUCUGAAUAUAUUGGAAGGAAGAUUAGAUAUUGUUGAAAAUCCUGCCACGACUAAAGCGCAAAUAGUGAAAGCUUUAAAAGCCAUGACAAAAAGUUUACUUCUUGGUGAAAAAGUCAAUGCCAUUUUGGAAAAGUCAAGCGUAUGGGCAGAAUAUAAGGAUCAGCGGCAUGAUCUGUUUAUUUCUAAUAACACCAGUUCUGGUUACCUCACAGCUGGAACACCUGUAUCCGCCGGCUACUUAACAGCAGGGCCAAGUACAACUUUGACCACAGGUCCACCGCCGGUAGACAAAGAAGAUAGUAUAAUUAACAGAAAUGAUAGCAUCUGAUAUAGGUAGCAUCGUAAGUGGUACAAGAGGCAGUAAGGAUGUCAAUAUUGAGAUUCCUGUCGGUAUACCGAUAUAUACCGAUAUAGAGACUACAUUGUCUGUGAUUUUUGGCUUCUUAAAGAAAGAAAUUUAUUAAUUGAUUAUUGUUUUUGCUGUAUAAUAUCUUUAUGUUGGAAUUAUAAUAUAAUGUUUUGUUCUUUGAUUACAUUUAUAUAUAUAUAUUACAUUUAUAUAUAUAU